CAACUGUUGCGGACAACGGUACUACGCGUGAUCAAAUUUUUAAGUUGCAAUUGAUUAAAGAUCCGUGGGAAGAACAUCGACUCUCAGUGAUUCGUGUAAAGAACCACGUCGUGUUCCGAACGGACCGUGACGAGAAUCGAAUCUCCAAACGGUGCGUCGCGUAUUAAAAAACGCGAUACGUCGGAUUGUUGCUCCGUUCGAUACUGUGCUUUUUCGAAACGUUUCACCGUCGAACGGGACCCGUCGCUGAGAUGUUACUUUCUCGAUUAGUGCGAAAGUAGUGAAUUAUGCUAACAAAGAUCGUUACCAAAGGCGUCGACGACCGUUUGUGAGGUUAUGUUUUCGUCGUAACGAACAUUUGUCAGUUCCUGCUAAAAACGCACGUGGAGGCGACACAGUUUCCGCGCAUGUCAUUCGAGGAAUGCGCGAUUGAUACAUCGAACACACAUACACGAUCGAUUAUCGCCAUUUUCUCGAUUGGACCGGAAAUUGAUAGAUCUUAGUUUCGUUGUUCUCGUUGCUGGAAACGUUCGUGGAGGAGGAAAUUCGCAAGAUGGGUCGCACGGUGACGGUAGCUGUGUGCACUUUGAACCAAUGGGCGAUGGAUUUCGAUGGGAAUUCCAGGAGGAUCCUCCAAAGCAUUCAGGAAGCCAAGGACGCAGGUGCCACUUACAGGAGCGGUCCCGAGUUGGAAAUAUGUGGGUACAGCUGCGAGGACCACUUCUACGAGCCGGACACCUUGCUCCAUAGCUGGGAAGUUCUCGCGACGAUCCUGAAGUCGUCCAUAGCCGAGGGCAUGCUAAUAGACGUUGGUAUGCCAGUCAUGCACAAGAACGUCACUUACAAUUGCAGAGUGGCCUUCCUGAACAGACGAGUCCUACUCAUCAGGCCAAAGAUGCAGAUGUGCGAGGACGGCAAUUACAGGGAAUCCAGGUGGUUCUCGGCCUGGACCAAGGAACGCACUGUGGAGGACUACUUCCUGCCCAGAAUGAUCUCUCAGAUAACUGGGCAGACCGUGGUACCGUUUGGCGACGCUGUCAUCUCCACCAGGGACACUUGCGUGGGCUUCGAAAUCUGCGAGGAACUCUGGAACCCCAUGAGCAAUCACAUCCCCAUGUGCUUCGAUGGCGUCGAAAUUAUUGCAAAUGGCAGCGGAUCGUACUUCGAGCUUCGAAAGAGCUACGUGACCGUGGAUCUCGUGAAAUCAGCCACGUUCAAGUCCGGGGGUUGUUACAUGUUCAGCAAUUUGCGAGGCUGCGACGGUUCUAGGCUCUACUUCAACGGAGGGUCCUCUAUCACCCUGAACGGUCAGGUCUUGAAUCGGGGCAAGCAGUUCGCCCUAAACGACGUGGAGGUCGUGGUAGCCACGUUCGAUCUCGAAAAUAUAAGGAGCUACAGAAACAACAUCAGAUCCCGAUCUCACGCGGCUGCCAGGUCACCCAGUUACCCCCGUGUCAAAGUGGACUUUUCCCUCACCUCUGACAACUUGAUUUCAACGCCACCUGAUCGUCCAAUCGACGUCGACCUGGGCCCUUACGAGAGUGAGAAUACAACUGGGAAGCUUCUCUAUCAUACUCCAGAAGAGGAGAUCUCCAUGGCGCCUGCUUGCUGGCUCUGGGACUAUCUGAGGCGUUCCUGUCAGGGUGGAUUUUUCCUACCUUUGAGCGGUGGGGUCGACUCAGCUUCGUCAGCGUGCAUUGUGUACUCCAUGUGUGACAUGAUCGUGGACUCCGUGAACAAGGGGGACGCCCAGGUGCUGUCAGACAUCAGGAAGAUCGUCGGUGACUGCGAAUAUGUACCCACGGACCCAAAACAAUUAUGCUCCACCAUACUUGUCACGUGCUACAUGGGUACGGAAAACUCAUCCGGGGAGACUAAGGCGCGUGCAACCGAGCUGGCCAGCCAGAUUGGCUCCUAUCAUCACAGUAUAGUGAUCGACUUGGCUGUCUCUGCUAUUCUGACCAUCUUCCAACAAGUCACCAAGUUGACACCGAGGUUCAAGGUCCAGGGAGGCUCACCCAGGGAGAAUUUGGCGUUGCAGAAUAUUCAAGCACGCUUGAGGAUGGUGGUCGCGUACUUGUUCGCUCAGUUGAUGCUGUGGGUCAGAGGUCGACCUGGAGGUCUUCUCGUGCUGGGGUGCAGCAACGUCGACGAAGCUCUUCGAGGAUAUUUCACUAAAUACGAUUGCAGCAGCGCGGACAUAAACCCCAUAGGCGGAAUCGCCAAGAACGACUUGAAAUCGUUCCUCGCUUAUUUCAGGAGGAAACACGGAUUAACCGCUUUGGAUGGAAUCCUGAACGCGCCAGCGACCGCGGAGCUGGAGCCUCUCCAAGGUGGGCAACUCUCGCAGUUGGACGAAGUUGACAUGGGUAUGACGUACAAGGAGCUUGGUACGUUCGGUCGUUUGAGGAAGCAGGACUGCGACGGACCCUUCUCGAUGUUCUGCAGACUCGUCCACGUGUGGGACAAGUCCUCUCCGAAAGAAGUGGCGGACAAGGUGAAACACUUUUAUAGAUGCUACGCGAUAAAUCGCCACAAAAUGACGAUCCUGACGCCGUCCUGCCACGCGGAGACUUACAGUCCCGACGACAACAGGUUCGACCAUCGACCAUUCCUCUACAAUCACACGUGGAAAUGGCAGUUCAAUGCUAUCGACGAACAGGUGAAACGUCUUCUCAGCGAGGAGAAAUCACCGGGGGGUCGAAAAGACGCGUCGAAGGUAGCCGCGAAGCCCAGAUACAUGCCGUUCAGCUCCGUGAUCAGUAAUAAAACACAUCCCGGAGUAGUAGUUUAACCGUAGCAGUGUAGCUCUCUCUGUCUCUUAUCAUUUUGACAUUGCAGCCUCGCAUCGGAACGCAUCGACGACCGAUCGUUCGCGCGACCCACGUGCUCGUCCCAUCGGACCCGCAGCUUCCGUUAGGUAUCGAUCAUCGAGAAAUACCAAUUUUCGCUUCGUCGUGAGGAUACUCGCUAGUGGAAGAAUCCUAUGACUUCGUUGUAUUAUAUUAAUACGCCUAAUCGUGCAGGUAUAUCAAUGUGAGAGAUUAAGUUGGAAUAUAUAUUUAUG